UCAAAUGAAUCCUAAAAAAUUUGUCCACAAUACUGCGUAUUUAGUUCAACCGCCAUAUAUUGCCGGUCACUACCUUUAAAAGAAUCCUUCGAUUACCUACAAGAAAGAAAACAAAAUGGCUGAAAACCAAAUGGCUAAAAACAAAAUGGCUGAAAACAAAAUGGAUGAAAACAAAAUGGAUGAAAACAAAAGGGAUGAAAACAAACUGGAUGAAAACCAAAUUGAUGAAAACAAAAUGUCCGAAAAUAAAAUGUCUGAAGAUAAAAGAACUAUUUUCCUGGAUUCGGGUGGGUUCGGACCCUGGAACUAUCUUCUACUCUGUCUCUCCUCACUUAGUUCCUUCCUGGCAGCCUUCUCUCAUCUAUCUAUUGUUUACCUGGCAUACCCUCCAACCUUUAACUGCAGUACAGUAAACAAUCAGGAGAUAAACAACAACACAUGCUUUAUACAACGGAACGAAGAUACUAAUGAUCCUUGUCUAAACUUUACCUUUGAUCAAUCAAUCUUUACCUCAACAGUAGUUACUGAGUAUAUCUUGGUAAGUACAUCUCAACAGUAG